CAUCACCAAGGUGCAACAUUGCAUUCGGUCACACGCACGGGAAAGGGGAUUUUUGGCCGAGCGAGAGAAGAGAUAUACGAUUCUGGACGAUAUGAUCUUGUCUAGUAGUAGAUGGUGAAUAUUUCGAUCGCCACGACGACGGCCAAAAUCCCGCGCGAACAUAUAUAUCCGCGGCGGCGACGACAGGGACGCGCUGCCGUGCUGGCCUCCUAUAUAUACGGAGCAGACGCUUGGGUCAGAGUCAGACUCGCAGAAGCCAGCCCAUCUCAGUCAGCCGCAGCAGCAGCUAGCAGCAGCACACGUGCGGCUGCAGCCACGCCAGCAGCCAUGGAGAGGAGGGCGCACGCGAUGCUGUUCCCGUUCCCGUGCCCGGGCCACAUCAACCCCACGCUCAAGCUUGCCGAUCUGCUGCACGCGCGCGGGGUGCACGUCACCUUCGUCAACACGGAGCACAACCACGAGCGGCUGCGGCGGGAGCGGCGGCGCGGGUUCCGCUUCGAGGCGGUGCCCGACGGGCUGGCGGACGAGGACCGCGUCGCUCCCGACAGGACCGUCCGGCUGUACCUGUCGCUGCGGAGGAGCUGCGGCCCGCCGCUGGCGGAGCUGGCGCGCCGGCUCGUGCCGCCCGUCACCUGCGUCGUGCUCAGCGGCCUCGUCAGCUUCGCGCUCUCCGCCGCCGAGGAGGUCGGCGUGCCGGCGUUCGUGCUCUGGGGCACCAGCGCCUGCGGCUUCGUCGGCACGCUCCGCCUGCGGGAGCUCCGGCAGCGGGGCUACACGCCGCUCAAUGACGAGAGCUACCUGACGAACGGGUACCUGGACACGCCCAUCGACUGGAUCGCGGGGAUGCCGACGCUGCGGCUCGGCGACAUCUCCAGCUUCGUCCGGACGCUGGACCCGCAGUGCUUCGCGCUGCGCGUGGAGGAGGACGAGGCGAACAGCUGCGCCAGGGCGCGGGGCGUCAUCCUCAACACGUUCGAGGACCUCGAGCACGACGUCCUCGCCGCGCUGAGGGACGAGUUCCCGCGGGUGUACACCAUCGGUCCCCUGGCCGCCGCCGCCGCGGGGGCGCUGAGCCUGUGGGAGGAGGACUCCGAGUGCGUGGCGUGGCUGGACGCGCAGGCGGACGGGUCGGUCCUGUACGUCAGCUUCGGGUCCCUGGCCGUGCUGUCGCUGGAGCAGGUCGCGGAGCUCGCGUGGGGCCUGGCGGCCAGCGACCGGCCGUUCCUCUGGGCGGUGCGCCCGGGGCUCGUGGCCGGGGACCGCGGCGCCGACGCGCUGCCCGAGGGCUUCCUGGCCGCGACCGGGGGCCGGUGCUUCAUCGCCGAGUGGUGCGCGCAGGAGCAGGUCCUGCGGCACCGCGCCGUGGGCGGGUUCCUGACGCACAGCGGCUGGAACUCCACGGCGGAGAGCAUCUGGGCGGGCGUGCCGAUGGUCUGCUGGCCCGGGUUCGCCGACCAGUACAUCAACUGCCGGUACGCGUGCGAGGAGUGGGGCAUCGGGCUGCGCCUGGACGAGGCGCUGCGCCGGGAGCAGGUCGCGGCCCACGUCGAGGAGCUGAUGGCCGGCGGUACCGACAGGGCCAGGGAAAUGCGGCGCUGCGCCGCCAAGUGGAAGGCCGCGGCCUGGAAGGCCACGGCGCCCGGUGGGUCGUCGUGCGAGAGCCUCGACAGGCUGGUGGAUGAUCUGCGGCUGUGGGAGGAGGACGCCGAGCUCGCCACCGCCACGCCGUUGAUCAGGUGAUGCCGUGAGACCGUAGCACGCCCACACGCGGACUUCACGUCGGACGUCUCCUUCCGUCUCCAUGUCGUCACUCGUCAGGCUACAGGAGUUGGAGUUGCUGAAUAAGGGUUCAGUGACCUGGUUUCGUACUUGCAGUGUCUCGCUCCGACCACGCAAAAAUACAGUAGUAAUGUGUACCAGUAGCUGUUGGUUGCUUUCGCGUCAACGUAGACAUCGUGACCGGACGAACUAUGCCAAUUUGACUGAUAAUACAGCGCGGUGCAGUCGUUCCAAAACCAUGUGCCGACUCGCCUAAUUUCAUGCUCUUGCUCUCUGGUCAGCAACAGCAACAAA